AUGUUGUCGCAUCACCUACCGCAGCUUGUGAUCCUUGAUCUGAAGAACGCUAACGUUUCGUCCAUCGAGCCGGAGCCAGCCAACGGCCGCGACUCCAGGCUCCUUCGCUAUCUCAACCAGUAUCUGGACCUCCUGCACAGCGCUGGGAACCACGUCCUGUUCUCCCUACCCCAGUUUGGCCGGAACACACCUGCGAUGGAGAUCGCAUACUCGCUCACGGCUACGCCCACACAGGACGAGUUGCUGCCAUCAAUCUAUGGCGUGACGGUAGAGCGCAUCAACGCCCAUAUGUCCUCGCUCUGGCUCAAGGCAGCAAUGUCGGCGUACGGAAGCAUCACAAGCAACACCACAGACCAGAGUUUGUGUUGUUUGGCAGAGUUCGAGAACAAGUACGAAGGCGAUUUCUUUCGUAUCAAGUUCGGUGCCCCGUCCGUGAGCGUUCUAUGCUCGAGGGAGGUCGUCAUACAGUUCGACAUCGAGGAACUCAAGUUCUUUGCCGAUGUGGAAUUCACCGCGGAUCCGGUGCAGGAAUAUACGAAGUGGAAGGUAGCAAUGGUCGUCAAUGUGCUCCAGCAAAGGGGAAUCGACGACAACGUGGCCAGAAUCAUGUUUGACUUGUCCAACGGCCGCUAUCACCAUACACUCUCGGCGUACCCGGGGCUGAACAACAACAACAACAACAACAACAACGCGGAGUUUGGAUAUCGCGACCUCAUCAUUUCAUUCUUCACCCAUCACUACCUCCGAAUCCUCCACGAAGCGGGCUACAACGUUCUCUACGAGCACAACGCUCGCUGGGAGAACAUCAAGAAGCAGAAGUUCGAGUUGCCCGAAGACGUGGAGGGCAGCUGGUGGAGCCUCGAGGCUCCUGACCGGGGCGGCGUCUCCUCACGGGAGACGAUUCAGCGGGCGAAGAUGCACGGCUUUGACCAAGUCAUCGCUAUCUCCCAGGAGUCUAUCAACAUCCAAUUCUCCGCACAGUUGGCGAGCCCAUCGGCAGUGUUGUUGCUCUCAUGGGCCUACGAAGAGCAUCAGGAAAAACCCCCCUGGCAGAUUAGCACUCAAGAUGCUAAUUUGGAAUAA